AGUUCUAUUGACAAUUGUAACAAAAGAUAACCUCACGUAAACAAAUAUGAUGUGUUCCUCGCUGUUAAGUGGUGUAAGUACACAUUGAUUCAAUAUCCUAAUAAAAUGGCAGAAAAGCCAAAGACAAGCGGCAGCAACGAUGGUAAGGAAAAGCGGCGCAAAGAAUCCAUCUUGGAUCUUUCCAAAUAUUUGGAAAAACAAAUCCGAGUUAAAUUUGCUGGUGGACGCGAAGCAGCAGGCAUAUUAAAAGGAUAUGAUGCGUUACUUAAUUUAGUCCUAGAUAAUACCGUUGAGUAUCUAAGGGACGUAGACGAACCAUUUAAGUUAGCUGAAGAAACACGUAGUUUAGGUUUAGUUGUAUGCCGAGGGACUGCAUUAGUGCUCAUUUGUCCUCAAGAUGGUAUGGAAUCCAUACCAAAUCCAUUUAUUACACAAGAUUCAUAAUUAUUAAAAUUUAUUAACAGUUACAUAUAAAAACUAAGUUUAAUAUGUUUCAACGU